AUGCGCCGGCGAUGCGGCCUCCCCCCGCGCACCGCCCUCGAGGACGACGCCGCCUUAGGUGCCGACGACGACCAGACCGACGAUAACGAUCCUAACGACGUCGAAGACGGCGAAAUUCGCGAGGAAGACGGCGAGAGCGGCGGGCCGACCGAUACUACGACCCCGGACGCCCCGAUUAAGCUGUUUAGUGAAGGUAGUGAGACUACGGUGGUCGACGGUAGUGUAUAUGGCGAUAAGGAUGGCGCGGCCGAGGACGACACGGACGCGGACGAGGCGAAGAAGAUUAGUGACAGCCCCGGUACGCCGCACAGCGAGUUAGUCGAUCGCGGACGGCCUCUAGUGGCGCUCCCGGAGGACUUGGAUACGGACACGGCGUCAGGCGGCGCGAGGAACGAGGGCUAG